UUCAGUCACUUGACUUGACACUUCGUUUUGGGUGGUUGUAAUGAUGGAGGUUACAGAAUCUAUAAUCUUCGUGUGAAUUAUUUACGAAUUUGCGUGAUGAAUAAUUUGAAUCAUUUAAUAAUUUUCUAGUUGGCUGGUUGAGAAGUUAAUUGCCAAAUCAAUUGGAUGGUGUGCGAUAAACGACAGUGAUUGUAACUAGUCAACAUUACGUAUUGCAACAGUGACGUUAAAUUAGUUUUAAAUUUUGUGUUUAUUCCUCAGACUAAUAUGUUAGAGAGCUGGUUUUUAUUGAAGGUUAAUGUCGGUGCUACAUUUUGUUUAACUGCGAACUUGUAAUAAGUUACUAAGAUAUAAGCUAUUUUAUUGCCAUGUCUCACAAUCUUGUGUACAAUCUACUGAGAACAAUUAAACUUUCUGGUGAUAUCAAUUCGUGCAAUUUCAGCCAGCAUAAUUCGUUGGCUAUAGGAACAUCGGACAAGUCAGUGUCGGUGUGGGAGUGGUCUGAGGAGGGGUUCAGGGAGACUUUCUACUCGCCUCUGUUAAACCAUGACUAUGCAGUCACUAGUGUUGUCUUCUCUCCAGAUGGCCUCAUAUUGGCGACUUCUUCUACAGAUGGCAUGACCUACAUUAUUAACGUCAAGACAGGAACAGUUAAAGCAUGCAUCGUACAGAGUAUUGGAGGUGGUGUCAGGGAGAGUAGCAUUUCCCCUCCUCCACAUCAGCUCUUAGCUACUGUCACAGAUGAAGGUUACAUCUUCUUGUGGAACUUGGUUACCUGUCAGAUUCAAAGGUACUGGCUGGGACAUGAGGCUUGUAUAUCCAGCCUGGCAUUCAGCCCAGACUGUUAUUUGCUGGCUACAGGAGACACGGACGGCACGUACAAGUUGUGGUUGGUCGAUCAUGCUGUCUGCCAUCUCUUCACUGCUGACAGGCUCUAUGCACAUAUACAGAAGGACUCCCACGACGGGGCUCUGCUCACUCUUGCUUUCUCUCCCAACAGCUAUACUGAAUUGAUUACGAAAGAUUACCAGUUGUGCUCAGGAGGCGAUGAUAACAUGCUGCGUCUGUGGCACAUCAGUAUUUGCAUGUCAUCAUGCUCCACAAAGGACUAUCAGAAACCUGUCAUCACUGUGAAACUGCUGAAAGUGUUGGAAGGUCAUCUCUCUUCUGUUACCUGUGUCAAGUUUUCUCCUGACGGCCGUUUUAUCGGCUCAACUUCUCUGGACAGCUCUGCUCGCAUUUGGGAGGUAUCAUCAGGAGUUUGUUUGCGAGUUCUCGGAGGUCACUUACACUCAGUGUUCUGUUGUGCUUUCUCAACUGAACUUGCAUUCUUUGCUUCAGGUUCUAACGAUAAAACCGUGAAUGUGUGGCAACUAACCAACAAGACCAUACCAGUUACUCAUAUUUCUGCUGGCGUGGGUGAUGAGGAUUGUGCUGAGAAAGCAUUGGGACAAAGGUGUUUUGAUAUGAUAGAGAUUAUAAAUAUAAACAGCCACGUCAACGCUGUUGAUUUCAACAACAGUCAUGACCUUGUUGUGGGAGGCAGUGACAAGAUGGUGAGGGCAUUUGCUCAGAAGGGUCCAAAGUACAAGGAACUGCCAAUGUCACCCAUGAAAGGCCAUGCCUACUCCGUAGCUAGCGUAGAGUUCUCUCGAUGUGGCCGUUACCUAGUCACUGCAUCCAUAGAUGGCGCCAUCAUAGUUUGGAAUUAUUUGAAUGGUGAGAUGAUCAAUAAGCCCUUCCAUCUGAGCAGCCAAGGUGGACGAGCCGCACGCUUCUCUCCGUCCACAGACUGUUUGGCUAUCGGUGGAAAUGACGGAAAGGCCUACCUCUGGUCUAUCAACUCUCAAUCCAUCUCCCACGCUUACCCUGGUCACAUAGAGUCAGUCAACUGCGUGGCUUUCACACCAGACCAGGAGUAUCUGGCGACCGGGUGUGCCGCUGGUCAACUCAAGGUCUGGAAGUCCAAUCCUGCUUGCUCUCUGUGCCAGCUGCUUUUGGAGAAUGUCCAUGACCUUGGGGUUAUCUCCUGUGACUUCUCUCACAACUUCAUCAAGGACAAAGCAUCUUCUGCCCGAGGAUACCGCCUAGCCACUGGUGGCAAUGACUGCAUUGUCAGAGUCUUUAAGAUGUGGCCGAUCGAUGAUCUGGUGAUGAAGUUCGAGGAGAUGUUCUUCAUGCGAGGCCACGGAGGCAGUAUAACUCAAGUCCGCUUCUCCAGCAAAUCCUCCGAUGUUCUGGCCUCCACUGCCAUCGACCGCACCACCAGGAUUUGGAAUAUGCAAAAUGGUCAAUGUUUGAAUGUACUGAGCUACCACAAGAAUCAAGUAACCUGCUGCGCUUUCUCCCCAGAUGCAACCCUUCUUGCUACAGGUUCUUUGGAUUCUUCAGUCAUCAUAUGGGAAGUUCCUAAAGUAAUAUCGCUGCAAAACAAACAUGAGUCUGAUGCUAAUGGAAAAUAUGCUGUUAACCCUGAUGAAGCUUUGGAUUCUUUUGAAGCACUGACUCUAGAAGAUGUCCAGCUGGAUGAUCUUGUCACUGCUUUCAAGAUGAGUUCCGCUGAUGUUCCGAAUCACAUGAUCUGUCCAAUCACACAGCAAGUCAUGAUAGAUCCUGUUAUAUGUGAAGAUGGAUUUACUUACGAACAUGAUGCUAUUCGAGCUUGGAUGGUGAACGGGCGCAACACCAGUCCCAUAACCAACGUUCCUCUCUCUUCUACUCUUGUCGUCCCUAACACAGCUCUUCGAGCUGAGAUCAAGCAAUUCCUUUUGCUUCACUACAAUGCUGGCUAUAAAUCUACUUAGAGGUUUAAAAUGGUAUAGAACUGAUCGUAAUAAGCCAAUUGUUUGCUGUGACCAUUGAUGCUUUACACAUUUCUUUACGUUCAUUGGAUAAAAUGUAAAAUGUACGGUUAAAAUUCAUACAGAUAUAUUGAUAGCAAUUUUAAACCAUUUUGUUAUCAAAAGGUUGUCGGAUAUUUCAAGCAGUUUAUUGAAAUUACUGGAAAGUGCCUUAUUUUAUCAAUAUUUAAACAAAUCAUAUGAAUUACCUUCUGUAUACAUAUCAAAAAUAAGUUUAAUAGAUUAUGAGUAUUUUUUUAUUUUUACUAUUACUUUAUAAGAGGGCAUGUGAGAAUGAAGCAGGGUAUGCAGUUAUGCUUAUUGUUUCCACACAAGUAGCUUUUCAUGUAUUGUUUCCAACAUGUAAACUGUGUAUUUAUAGCUCACUGAUUCACGUUCUCAAUUAAUUUAAUAGACACAAACUCAUAACACCACAAAACUAUUAACAUAAAUGGUCAAGCUCAAGGGGGAAAAAAUAAAAGAAGUUAAUAUUGAAGAUAAAAUAGUCUAAAAGAAGUACAGAACAAAGAGCAACAGCAACUUUUAUUUUUUUCAGUCUGUGGAAAAUUUUUGAUGCUAAGGCUCUUGCUUUUCAAGUGAAUAACAUAUAGAAAAUUUUAAAUACUAAAUAAUGUAUUUAUAAUUCCUUGGCCACUAGACAAUUGUAUAAGCCAAAAACAAUUUUUGUGUGCAUUGUUAUUGUUUGCAUAACUGUUCUCAAUGUUCAUGUUAAUAAAGAGAUUCUGAUUCUGAAGUUACCAACUGGGACAACACCAGUAAAAGUAAACAUUGUAAACAUCUCUUCCGUAUCAAAUGCUUUCAACUUUAUUCAAAAUAUAAAAUAAAAUACUGAUGCAACAGAUUAGUUCAACAUUUAAAAGUCAAUAAAUUGUUUGAUUAUCAACAACAUGGGUUUGGGAAGGCAAAUCAUAGCAACUUUGCUAGAAUAUUUUAAAUCAGUUACCAAAGCGAUUGGCAAAAUCGAAAAAUCAGUUUGAUAUCCUAUGGUUAGCUAAUUGCAACAUACCUAAAAAAUAUUACCUCGAAAAUAAAAAAUUAUAGACAUAAUUUUUAUGGAAUAUAAAAUUAAUAAAAUAACUAUUAAAAUAUUAUAGCCUUGCCUCCUAUGGAUAUUAGUAUCCAGUAACUAACUUAAUUAAAAACUAAAGAAAUAUAGAGUAUGUUCAGAAAUGGAACAUGGUGUUCCCCAAGUUUCUAUUCUUAGUACAUUUUUAUUUCUUUGUACUUUGUAAAAUGUGCCCAAUUUUUAAACUAAAUUCAUGAUUAUGAAAGCGAAUUAGUUCUUUUUGCUGAUGGCUCUUAUUUCUAGAAAAAGGCUGUUAAACUAAUAAAUCUAAUAUUGAUAUUUUUCCACAAAGUUUUAAUAUUCAGAAGACAAGUUUCAUUAUUUUUCAAAAAUAAAACAUUUGAUGAAACCAGGUUUCUUAACAAAGAACUAAAUCAAAUAGUAUCAAAUUUCUUGGCUUGCAAAUAUUGAAGCUGAGGUGGCCACACAGAAUUAAUACUAGGAAAAUUAAUACUUGUAAGAUAUACUAAAAAUAAUGGUACUUAUUUAAAAUUUACCUGUUUUAAAGUUGUAUAUCAAGAUUGUAUUCAUUGAAUUUCACACUAGCUUCAUUUUGAAUUCAUUUAAAUCUUGUGUAAUUUUUUAUUUGGGGAAAUUUCUCAUACAAAUUUAGUAUAGAGUAUCUAUUUUACGAUGAGAACAAUAAAAAUCGUCUAAAUCUUAUAUUUACAUAUAUCCGUAUGUACAACUUGUGUCCAUAGAGUUUAUAUUAUGUGAUGCCUUUUGCAUGAUUACAACCAUAUGGUUCACAGUUAUACAACCAUAAAAUAAUGUAGGACUACACACAUACAAUAAUAAGCUUCUGCAUUGAAUGUUGUUCCUCGUAGCAUGAAUAAAUAAGAAUCUAUGUUUUAUUAUUACAGCUUUAGUUCAGGAAGCUUGAGCGCUAAAUUACAAAACUUGAGGAAAUGAGUAUCGUGUUCAAUUUUAUAAUUUUUUGUAGAUGCAAAGAUGUGUCACAAGCAAACCGUUGACUGGUUUGGCCUGAUUCUCUUACACGUAUACACAUUUAUAAUUGGUAAUAACUGUUAAAACAGAUUUUCUGCAAUGGCUUACUAACUUAUAAAACCUCAGUAUACCUUUUAGUAGAAGUGUUGCACUUUCUAAGAGUAUUUAAAAAUGUUAUUUCCACCUUUUUAAAAGACCUAACUUAUCUUUUAUAAACACUGUUAUCAUGGAAACAAUUUUAGGAAUGGAAAAUGAUUAUGAAUCGCUCAGCUAAGCUGAUGAGUUUUCUGAAAUAAAAAGUAUAUUAAUCUUAAAAUUAUAAGCCACAUGAUAAUUGUCUCAAAAGUACAAUCUCAGAUUUGUUAUCUGGGAUAUUAAGAUCAGAAUAUGUGCAACAUGUUUUAAUUCUUCAAAAGUCAACAAUUAUAUAAAAGAGAGUACUUUAUACUAUGUAGUGGUACUUAAAAAGCAUACUAUGGGGUUCAACGUUAGCAACCAGUUGCAGGAAUAUUAUAUGUGUUAUGGCUUUAUAGUGUUAUCUUUAUGUGUCAGCAGUCCUUCAUACAUACUGUGCUUUAAGUUUGCCUAAACAGUCCUUUGGUACAUUUUAAUUGCAAUGUCUUACUUAUGGUAGCAUAUCUGUAUUAGUAUUCUAUUGGAUGUGCUUCUUUCACAACGUGCUUUUUAUGUCUUUCUCAAUUUAAUACUUUACUCUACUGUUCUUUCUUAAGACAUGAUUUAAUAUUGCUACAGGUCUUCAGCAGUAGUACUAAGAGUUGAAGAAUUUUGAUAAUUAACCGCAUUUACUGUACUAUUUUAGUCCCUAUUGGGAGAUAGUUAACAUUAACCAGAUUUUAUAAACAAUACUGACUCGUUACUUAACCCCAUCAGUUCCGGUGUAACAUACAGGAAAAUGGUCCAGAAUGAGAUUACCUAAGCAUUAAAAUUAUUUUAAAGUUAUAAAACUAAAUAAAAUUUAACGCUGCUCCAUGUUUUCUUUAAGAUCGUGUUAUUAAUUGUCUUGGACAAGAAUUUGUUUGUCUAAGCUUGGAGGAUGACAGCAGAUUUUACUGUAGAAUUUUGGAUUAAAGGCAUUUUGUCACAUCUUGUAUAAAAUGAAAUUUUGUUUGGUGAGAAAAUGUUUAGGAAAGAGAGAGGAGGUACCACAAAGCCUGUGUGUUGCGGUGUAACCAUUGGAACACAACCAGUUAGGAAAUAAUGGUUUUACAACUAUGAGUACAGUUUGAGUGUGUUUAAAAUGCCAAAGUACGUGUGAGUAUUUUGGUUGCGGAACUAAAGCCAGUUUUCAGCUUUAUUCGAUUAUUACUUUUGAGUUCGACACUUGUUUUUAUCAUAUACAUUAAUUAAUUCUAAAAAAUAGAACUGUUCCAAGAUAAAUAUUGUGAUGUACUGUUCCAAGGUUUCAUGAAUUUUUGUACAAAAUUCUUACAACAAUUGUAGGGUGAGAGGACAUUAACCUAUGCAAACUGCAGAAGGGAUAAAAAAUUAAGGAACUGACUAAGGAUGCCUUAUGCCUAUAGUCAGGGGCGGAGGUGGGAUCCCUGACCCAAAGUUAAGGGCAUUUUCACCACACUGCAUCCCUAGAUGUCUCAAAACUUUGAGGUGAUAAUGUGGUCCACUGAAGGGUAUUCGUGGUACACUAAGUUUUCAGGGGUUUGUAUUGGUGAAAGUCACACCAGAACGUGAAUCACUAUCAACUGAAUUGCAGCCAUUUUUAAAACAUUUGAACUACAAAUUUACAGAAAUCAGGGACAUAACUUCCCCCAAUAAGGCUUGCUGAAUCAUUUGAGUCGUCUUUGCACAUGUUUUCCUGAGUUUGAAACAAAAUUCUGAUCUUCAUGUUCUGUCAGUUUUUAGUGUAAGAAAAACUGCAGAUUGUUUGAAAAACACAAAAACUGCAUACUGAUUGACAGCCGAAUUAUUAAAGGUAUGAAUGAUAUUUAUUCUCUGUGCAGGCAGGAACAUACAGAGGUAUUGCAUGCUGAAUCUGUUAACAGUAGCUUCUUCCGAGCAGCUUGUGAUGUGGCACUUUAAUUACACAAAACAUUCUUUCUGAUUAUGACAAUAACCCUUUCAUGGCGUUGAAACUGAAUUCUUAGCUGAACUAACAAUAGCAUUGCAACUGCUUAAAACGCAACAAAUCGCACAACUCGACUUAACAAUUUUGUUGAUAUAUUUUAAAAAUAAUCUAGAUUUUAAGCACAAUUUUACUAUGAAUAUGAAGGAGUGCCAGAACACAUUCAGGGUAAUGGUGGCCUUAACCUCAAUUCAUAAAAAUGUUUUGAAAAAUCAUUUUCAACUAGAGCAUUGUACUUGUGAGGGACCUGUGACUGAAUAUAGCACAAAUCAAGCUUGUUCUAACUUGUUAUAAAGCUAAUUAAUGAUGUUGGUUAAUUGUUUGUCCUGCAACUAGAUUCCUGAUGUAAUGUUGGAUGUAACUGCUGUAAUACUAAAGAUAUAUCUGUUACAAAUUUUCUAAAUUCCAUGUUAACAUCCCGUUCUGUCAGUUUCUUACUUUUUUAUGAUGCAGCAUCAAAUCAUGUAGCUCAACGUUAUAAGUGGACUAAUUGAGCUAGGAAGACUAUACCCAAGUAGUAGGCAAUGUUUACAUCCCUUGUUCAAGUUAGCAGUUAUAGGCAGUGUAGGAAAAAUAAAAGUUGUUUUAGAAUUUAUCUCUGGCCUCAAAGAAAUAUAAGUUGUGAGUCAAUGAGUCAGUGUUGAUUUACCUUUUAUAAAAUAAAAUAAUUAUUAACUUUAUAAGUAAGUACUAAGAAGGAGUAUAUUGAAAUAUUGAUCUUACACAUAGCCUGUAUUGUAGUAAAAAUAUUAAUAUACAUUCCUUAGAAGGUAUUAUUCUCAUUCUUAUCAUAUUUAUGAAAAUUUUGUGUAUAUAAUAAGACUUUAUAACGCAGUAUUGACUAGGUUUAAAUCUAAUGUGAUAGUAGUAUAAACAGCAUUUUUCAGAAACUGCACAGUAAAAGACUGUCGUGUUAACAGUUCCGUUGACAUUUACAAUGCGUUAUUGUUUCGUUGGUAAGAGGUUUAAAUUUAAAUUUUGCUCAAGUCUAAUAUAGUCUGAAAUGAAAAACUUAAACAACUCUUAAAGAUUUAGUAGCUAUUAAGCAUUAUUAAGGUCUAUUAUAAGUAGUAUUAAGCAUUAUUAAGGUCACAUAUAAAAUAAUGUGUCUUUUGUACUAAUAUUUUGAUGAAUUGUACAGUAAGUUAACAAUUAUUAACCCUCAAACACAUACAAUGAUUUUUUUUAAACAUGGAAGUUACCUCCAAGUUUUCAAAGUAAAGCACGUUUUAAAAUUAUUGUAUUUCCAACUAAAGCUGCAAUAUACAAUAUAUUAUUUAUUUAGACUUUGAAAAGGUAUAAUUUUAAAAUAUUUGUGGUUUUUAUUUUUAAAAUUAUUUAAUACUGCUAAAAAAUGUUUGAAAACGAGACAUUUUUCUGUUGAAAUACCAAGUAAUACAUUAUAUUACCCUUUCAUUGUAACCCUACAUAAAAUCUGUAUUUAAAUUAAAAGUUUUCUAAAAACAAGAUGAAUUUUUAAAUCACGAUGAAAAUAUUUUUCCUUGUAAGAUUCAUUUUUGAAUCAACAAUGACUGAAUUUAUAAACUGGUGUAAUCAAACGAUUUUGUUCCUUUAAGACCUGAAAUGAACCGAACAUAUUAACACUGUCAGCCCAAGACGUCUAUGUGCUCUACAGUAAGUGUAAACAUGAUCAUCAUGAAGCUUCAUGUGGGGCUGGGAGUGUUAAACCACCACACCUACAGGUGAAAGUCGCCCGCAGGGUGUCAUCUAUAACACUGUAACAUUUAACAAUUACCCAGUUGUUAUAAUAUAUAAUUAUAAAUCUGAUUUAUACUAAUAUUUGUUGAGCGAAAUCAAAAAAGCAAAUAUAUGUGAACCCUUUGUAAUGCGUGCAAAUGUUUUUGCAUCACAUUGUAAUAAUUUUUAUCCCUAAAUAUUUAAAAAUGGAGGCCUAUUAUUAUAAUCAUUGAUAGCAGCGAAAGCUUAAAAUGUGUUUUGGAUAUAUCGUAGUGCAUUUAAUAAUUUUAAAUUACAGGUUUCAUUUAAAUCUUCAGAAUACAUUAGACAAUGGAGCCUUUUUAAAAUCCGUCUUUCCUCCAUCUGCGAUGGAAAGUACGGUUUUAUUGUCCAUUGAGACUUAAGUUUAACUCAGCAUUCUAGUCGCACUGUGCAGCUUCUGAUACCCCACAGUUUACCUUUACUAUAUAGUUAGUUAUCAUAUUAAGUUACCAAUAAAAUUUUAUAUAGUAAGCUCUUGCGCUCUUAUUUAUAUGGUAAAGUGUUUUUAAGAGCUCAAUUAUUUUAUAAAAUUACAUUGUUAUAAAUACAUAUUAUUAGUAUUAUCUUGCAUAUAUAUAAAAAGUCUAAGUACCUGGGGAAAAAUUGGGUCAGAGACUCGUAAGUGCCUAAUGAUAUUCUAAAAUAGAUGAAAUUGCUAUAAACCUGUAGAAAUAAUCAUAAUUGUCUAUUCCCGCCUGUGGGAGUAUACUGCUCAGUUGGUUUGAUCUAUUUCUACGUUUCUAUGUGUCAAUAUCAUAGCUAUACUACCACCUGGAGUCACUAUAGUGUCAUUUUUAUUUAUGUCAACUCCGCACUUUUUCAGUACCAUUUCUCAUUCUCUUGUCAAUUUCUGUUUUACUUAAUAUUUUAGAACAGUCAAAUAGAUUGUUAAAGUGAAACCCUUUUCAAUUUAUGUUACAGCUUUUAUUGCUCAUGGUAGCUCAUUUGAUCUAGUUUGUAAUUUUAGGCCUGUUGACUUUAAACACUAAUCUCUGAAAUAUUUGUACUUUAUUGUAUCUCAUUCUACAUGUAGUCGUGUCUCACAGACCUGUACUAUACUCUUGUUUCAGUGUAUCUCCCCAUAACUGUUAAAGAAACGUGUUGCAACUC